AUGGUGCGACCCUGGACCUUGCUUUUUAUGGAGCCGAUUGUGCUGCUUUUGUCUAUCUACAUGGCUAUCAUUUACGGAACAAUGUACAUGGAAUUUGCUGCCUUCCCUAUUAUCUUUGAAGAAAAUCUCAAAUGGCCCCAGAGUACCUCUGGUCUGUCCUUCCUCGGUAUGAUGAUCGGACAGAUCCUUGGCUGCGCAUAUUCUAUCCUUGACGAUGGUCGUUACAAAAAAGUUGCCGAUCGCACUGCCUACGGCCGACCACCCCCUGAAGCUCGACUAAUCCCCGCUAUGGUCGGAGCAGUUGCACUCCCUAUCGGGCUAUUCUGGUUUGCCUGGACCAACUUCCCGCGUAUUCAUUGGGUUGUAUGUGAGAUCGGAACCGUUCUUUUUGGGUUUUCUCAUGUUUCCAUAUUUUUGAGUGUGGUGAACUACCUAGUUGAUGGUUACACUAUCUACGCGGCAUCGGCGUUAGCGGGCAACGCUGUUAUCCGGGCGCUUUUCGGCGCAGCAUUCCCCCUCUUCACGACCCCAAUGUACGAGAGACUCGGUAUUCAUUGGGCUUCGUCCAUCUCAGCCUUCCUCGCCCUCGCUUGUUUGCCGUUCCCAUGGAUUUUCUACAAAUAUGGACCAGCGAUUCGCAAACAUUGCAAAUAUGCCUCAGAGUCUGCCCGGCAAUUGGAUGAUAUGGCCGAUCGAAUGCGCGUGCAGGCCGAACGGAGAAUGAGCCAGAAGCCGGAGAGCCAGACGGAUUCUGUCUCAGACUCGACCGCUAUUCCGGCCGAGAAGGACAGUGGUACCCCUUGA